GAAGAAGAAAAAACUGUUUGGCGCCGCUUUUUAAGUUUGUAUCCCGCUCGCGCACAGUCCGUUAGCCUAAAGCUACUACAGAAGUGUUUGUGUUUUUUCCUUCUUGUCGGAUUCACGGUUUGUUUUUCUUUUUGCUUUAAAACACACCGCGGCUUCGUUAGGACUCGCAUCGAAAUGUAUAUAAAGUCUAUAAUUCUAGAAGGCUUUAAGUCGUACGCUGAGAGGACAGAAAUUAACGGGUUUGACCCGCUGUUUAACGCCAUCACCGGUCUGAACGGCAGCGGAAAGUCCAACAUCCUCGACUCCAUCUGCUUCCUGCUCGGAAUCACCAACUUAUCACAGGUCAGAGCAUCAAACCUCCAAGAUUUAGUCUACAAAAAUGGGCUUGCUGGAAUCACUAAAGCCACAGUGUCCAUCACUUUCGACAACUCGAAUAAGAAACAGAGCCCGCUGGGGUUCGAGACCCAUGACGAGAUCACUAUCACCAGACAGGUUGUUAUUGGUGGGCGGAAUAAGUAUCUCAUCAAUGGUGUGAACGCAAACAACAUGCGUGUUCAGGAUCUCUUCUGUUCUGUUGGGCUUAACGUCAACAAUCCACAUUUUCUUAUAAUGCAGGGGAGAAUCACCAAAGUCUUGAACAUGAAGCCACCUGAGAUUCUGGCCAUGAUUGAAGAAGCUGCUGGUACGAGGAUGUACGAGUGCAAGAAGAUCAGCGCUCAGAAAACCAUUGAAAAGAAAGAUGCAAAGCUGAAAGAGAUUCAAACGAUACUAGAUGAGGAGAUUACCCCUGCUAUGGAGAAACUGAAAGAGGAGCGUGCGUCCUACCUGGAGUACCAGAAGCUGAUGCGUGAGAUCGAGCAUCUGAGCCGGCUCUAUGUGGCGUGGCAGUUUGUGUGUGCCGAAGAGACCAAGCUGAAGUCGGCUGAGGACCUGCAAUCGAUGCAGAGCUCCAUCAGCGAGCUCCAGAACAGCAUGCAGAAGAAUGUGGAGCGCAUCCGUGAGCUCAGCGAAGAAAUUAAAGUGCUGGAGAAGAGCAGGGACAAGGAGGUGGCAGGUGUUCUGAAGGCCCUGGAGGAGACUCUGGCCGAGGCACAGCGAGUGGACACAAAAGCUCAAAGUGCUCUCGAUCUGAAGAAGCAAAACCUUAAGGACGAGACUAAAAAGAGGAAAGAACUUGUCAAAAACAUGGAAGAGGACAAGAAGGUGUUGUCAGCAAAGGAAGGUGAGGUGAACAAGGUGAUGGAGGGACUGAGAGCCGUGCAUGAGGAGGGAAAAAAGGAUGCAGAGGAACUGGAGGUGGCCCAACAGCACUUCAAGGCGGUGUCUGCCGGCCUCUCAGCCAACGAGGAUGGUGAGGCGGCCACACUGGCAGGUCAGAUGAUGACCUGCAAGAACGAUAUGAGCAAAGCAGAGACAGAGGCUAAGCAGGCUCAAAUGAAGCUCAAGCAUGCUCAAGAAGAGCUGAAAAGCAAGCAGGCUCAGGUGAAGAAGAUGGACAGUGGAUAUAAAAAAGACCAAGAUGCCUUUGAGGCUGUCCAGAAGUGCAGAGACAAGUUGCAGGCUGAACUUGAGAAACUCAACUAUGAAGACGGUCGAGAGGAGCGCUUGAUCGAACAGAAAAGGCAGCUGUCUCGCGAAGUCCACCACUUGCGUGAAACCUACGAGUCCUUCAUGGGACAGUUCCCUAACCUGCGCUUUGAAUACUCAGAUCCUGAGAGGAACUGGGACCGCAGUAAAGUCAAGGGUCUGGUGGCAAACCUUUUCACAGUGACAGACGUGUGUAACGCUACGGCUCUGGAAGUGGUGGCAGGUGGUCGUCUCUAUAACAUAGUGGUGGACACUGAGGUCACUGGGAAGAAAAUUCUGGAAAAGGGUGAGCUGAAACGCAGAUACACAAUCAUCCCCCUGAACAAGAUCUCUGCAAGAACGCUGGAUGAUGGAGUAGUUCGUACUGCGAAAAACAUUGUGGGAAAGGAUAACGUUCACACAGCUCUGUCAUUGGUGGGUUAUGAGUCUGAGUUGCGCAAGGCUAUGGAGUACGUUUUCGGAACCACGCUGGUGUGCGAUACUCUGGAUAACGCCAAGAAAGUUGCCUUUGAUAAAGGCGUCAGCACCAAAACCGUCACACUCGGUGGAGACGUGUUUGAUCCACAGGGAACGUUGACCGGAGGUGCUCGGGCGCAGACUGCCUCUGUGCUCUCCAAACUGGCGGAGGUGAAAGCUGUACAAGACAAACUAAGGGCCAAAGAGGCCGAGCUCGCUACUGUAGAAAAGGAACAAGGCAGUCUCAAGGGAACUGCUGAGAAGUAUCGUCAGCUGAAGCAGCAGCUGGACCUGAAAACUGAAGAAGCUCAGAUCCUAGAAACCAAACUCCAACAAAGCUCUUUCAAUAAACAGCAGGUAGAGCUUGAGAACCUCCGCAGGACCAUUGAGGAAAGUGAGGAGACGCUCAAGACGACAAAGGAGGUGCAGAAGAAGGCGGCGGAAAAGUACAAAGUCUUGGAGAACAAGAUGAAGAACGCAGAGGAAGAGAGAGAGAAAGAACUGAAAGCAGCGCAGCAGAAACUCAACCAGGCGAAAAGCAAAGCAGACGCCUUCAACAAGAGACUCAAGGAGAGACAACAGGAGGCUGAUGCUGUGGCGUUGGAGCUUGAGGAGCUGAAGCAGGAGCAGGCUGGUUAUGAGCAGCAGAUUCAGGCUGUGGAUGAGGCAAUGAAAGCCUUACAGGAACAGAUCAGUGCAAUGACCAUUGAGGUUGCAGCCAACAAGGACUGUGUACGGCAAGCUCAGGAGCAGCUGACCCAACAGAAAGAGGUGAUCGUGGCCCAAGAGCGUGAGAUCAAGGCGAAGAGUGAAGAAGCCAACCGCUUAAGAGAACACAACAACGACGCUCAGCUCAAAAUCAAAGAGCUGGAGCACAACAUCAGCAAGCACAAGAAGGACAGUGCAGAUGCUGCUGCUAGGGUGACUCGCAUGCUGGCUGAGAACGACUGGAUCUCUUCCGAGCGGCAUCUCUUUGGCCAGCCCAACUCUGCAUACGACUUCAAGGAGAACAACCCUAAAGAAGCUGGCCAGAGACUAAAGAGACUCGAGGAGACCAAAGUCAAGCUGGAGAGAAACAUCAACCGCAGAGCCAUGAACAUGCUCAGCGAGGCAGAAGAACGAUAUAAUGAUCUGAAAAAGAAGAAGAGGAUCGUCGAGAACGAUAAAGCAAAGAUCCUGGAGACGAUUAAAGAGUUGGACCAGAAAAAGAAUGAGGCGCUCAACAUGGCCUGGCAAAAGGUAAAUAAGGAUUUUGGAUCUAUAUUCUCCACUCUGUUGCCUGGGGCAGAUGCUCGUUUGGCUCCGCCUGAGGGCUGCGGUGUCCUCGAUGGCCUUGAGUUUAAGGUUGCUCUGGGAAAAACAUGGAAGGAGAACUUGACAGAGCUGAGUGGAGGCCAAAGGUCACUGGUGGCACUUUCUUUGAUUUUGGCCAUGCUGCUGUUUAAACCUGCUCCGAUCUACAUCCUGGAUGAAGUGGACGCGGCUCUUGACCUCUCGCACACGCAGAACAUAGGACAGAUGCUGCGCACACACUUCACACACUCCCAGUUUGUGGUGGUGUCGCUGAAAGACGGCAUGUUCACCAACGCCAACGUUCUCUUUAAGACCAAGUUUGUGGACGGUAUCUCAACAGUGACGCGCACAACUCAGACACAUGAGGGAAAGGUUCUAGCUCAGCGAGCACACGACAAAGCAAAGCCCAAGGAUAAACGUCAGCGUGAGAUACUCGCCAGCUAAACAGUCGCAGGACACGCAGAUAAUCUUCAAAAUUUAGCUUCUUUUCUAAACGCAUGUGUACACUUUUGUUUAAAAAAAAAAAAUCAGAAUAUUUGCUCUUAGUUUAUUACGUAUAAUUUACUUGUAAAACUUGUGUGGCUUUGAUUUGAAUGUUUAUUCAUUUGAAGGGUUUUGGCCAGUAAAAGCACGGUAAGUUAACAUCAGGUACUCUGCUAACACUGGUAACAAACGAGUCAAAUGAGUGCAUUUUGUACAGUGUUUAUAUUUUCUAUCCUUGUUCAUUUGUACUGCCUUCUUCCAAAAUGUUUUAUACCACUUCCUACUGUUUACUUCCAUAAGCUGCAUUUCAUUUCUUACAUCUUGUUUGUUUUAGCUAUUGUCAAUAAACAUGUAAUCGAUGUGGGUGUAAAAAACGACUCGAGUGCUUGAACUCUUGUUUAGUUCACCUGAUCACUGCUGUAGAUUUACUACCCAAGUUCUAACGAUGUAAUAGAAGCUUAGUUUGAACAGUGCCGUGUUCUUUAAACAUAACGUAACCAGACUGAUAUAAAAUGGCAAGGUUUUAUUACUUGAUCGUUCCAAACCACUAAUUUGGUUCUUCAAAAUUUUGUCUGGUGAAGUUGACGGCAGUCUUGGCCUAAUGGUUAGAGAGUCUGAUUCGUAACCCAAAGGUUGUGGGUUCGAGUCUUGGGCCGGCCACGACUGAGGUGCCCUUGAGCAAGGCACCAAACCCCCCAACUGCUGCCCACUGCUCCGGGUGUGUUCACUGCUGUGUGUGCGCGCACUUUGGAUGAGUUAAAUGCAGAGAACAAAUUCUGAGUAUGGGUCACGUCACUUAAUUCACUUAAUUGAAGCUCUUAUAAGGCAACACUUGGCUAACAUAAAUGUAGUGGUAUUUUUCUUGUACUCAGUUUUGUAAAGAUACACAACCGAACUUCAUGUUAGACUCGAAACGAUGAUGCUAAUGAAAGUGUUGGUUUUUAACAGAACAGUAUGGAUUAUUCAAUCUAAUCUUAUCUAUGUAACUAAUCUGCUACUGUGUUUGCCUGAGGGUAUAAACAGCUCGUCACAAUUAAAGCCUUUUUUCCCCUUGGGAGUCGAAGUCCCACGGCUGA